UGGCGCGGCUGGAAGCGCACAGGACGCACUGGAUAGCAGAAGAGCCGGACAGCUGUAGUAGGUGUCGGUGAACCUGCUGCCUUGCAAAACUUACCACAGCCUGUUUCUAUUGAAAACAAACGAGCACUAACACCGACGAAGCUUCCAUCUUGCUGUGAUUUUUAAAUACUUGGGGGUCCCAGAGCUGCGCAAAAGGCUAAACCCAAAGCCAUCUCCACUGCACGUUGAACCUCCUCUUUUAUGAAAUUUAACACCAGGAGAAAUGAAUAAACAUUCAAGCCAAACCUGAUAUAGGUGUGGGCACUACAAUACUAACUGAUAACAGAGAGGCUGCCAACCACUUAUUAAAUGGACCAGGACACUGAACAAGGCCCAGUCGACUGAAAUCCAUCCGCACUGCUGAUCUUCACGGUGGAUGAGCAGAAUGUUUCUUACUCUGCGAGCGUCAGAAAAUGAACACCACUCUGUGUGACUCUGCAGCAACCAUGUAUCACCUGAUGAUGGAACACCAACUGAACACCAGCUGCAACUGCUCCUCUCCCAUUUCCAAUUGGACGGCGGGGGGCGGCACCCUGCAGCUGCCCACAUUCACCACAGCAGCCAAAGUCAGAGUGAUCAUCACUUGCAUUCUCUGUGGCAUAUCGGCCUUUUGCAACCUGGCUGUGCUGUGGGCGGCACACAGCAAUGGGAAGCGUAAGUCCCACGUCACGGUGCUGAUAAUCAACCUGACGGUGGCUGAUCUGCUGGUGACCUUCAUUGUGAUGCCUGUGGAUGCCGUAUGGAACAUCACAGUCCAGUGGCUCGCUGGGGACUUUGCCUGCAGGCUACUGAUGUUUCUUAAGCUGCAGGCAAUGUACUCCUGCGCCUUUGUCACCGUGGUGAUCAGUCUGGACAGGCAGUCAGCCAUCCUCAACCCUCUGGCUAUCAAUAAGGCCAGAAAGAGGAACAGAGUCAUGCUGACUGUGGCGUGGGGCAUGAGUGUCGUGCUGUCAGUCCCUCAGAUAUUCCUUUUUCACAAUGUGACCAUCAUCCAUCCCGAGGACUUCACUCAGUGUACCACACGUGGAAGUUUUGUCACUCACUGGCAUGAAACGGCCUACAACAUGUUCACUUUCUCCUGCCUGUUCCUGCUGCCGCUGGUCAUCAUGAUCACCUGCUACACCAGGAUCUUCUGUGAGAUCUCCAAACGACUGAAAAAGAACAACUUGCACUCCAAUGAAGUGCAUUUGCGGCGUUCGAAGAAUAACAUCCCCAGAGCCCGGAUGAAAACUCUAAAAAUGAGUAUUGUGAUCGUCUCGUCUUUCAUUAUCUGCUGGACUCCAUACUACCUGCUGGGCCUGUGGUACUGGUUCUUCCCCGAUGACCUGGAGGGCAAGGUCUCCCACUCACUGACACACAUCCUGUUCAUCUUCGGGCUCAUCAACGCCUGCCUGGACCCGGUCGUCUAUGGCCUGUUUACCAUUCACUUCCGAAAAGGGCUCCGGAGGUUUUACUGCAAUGCCACCACGGCGUCCAACCUGGAUACUAACACGGUUAUAACCGGAUCUUUCACUUGUGCUGCCAACUCUUUGCCACUAAAGAGAGAGGUGAACCCUGCCAGCCAGGAGAGGUUCAUGUUGUGCAGUGAUAACCACAGCAAAGCAGAGUCGAUGUCACCAAGAAGCAGCUUUUUAACAGCAGACAAUGAUGCAGAGAGCGAUCCAAACCAGUCCAGCCCUGAGAGGAUCAUAUGAGGAGAGUACAGGGCGGAGGCUCCCUGACAUUUUACUACUGUUGUAUAACUGUUUAAUUUAUUCAGUGUCUGACUGUCUGAUGUGUCGGGUCCUGUAUUCCUUGAAUACUAUGUGUUAUUUUGGCUUACUUCACAAAUUGUAACAUGCUUCUGUAUAAAACAAAGGCCAAAAACCGUAACAAAUACAGGAAUUUGUAUUUCCUUGAAGAGGGGACGCUACAUAAAAUAAGUACACUGAUUGCACCACACUAACAUAACGAGCUUCUGUUAUAAAGGAAUGUUUAGUGCUUAAAUUGUAACUUGUGGUCAUCUUGAAUUACAUGUAUUUACUGGGAUUUGGAGUGUCUAUUGUGAAUCCAUUGCUGAUGGAAAUGUUGCCAAUUUUCAGAGAUCCCAGAGGGGGGUGCUGCCUAUACUCAGUGAUGAGUCAUAGCGUCUGAAUGGAAAGGCCAUUUCUACUCUUGAAUUGUGACAAAUUAAUGUGUCAGAGAUAAUAACUUUUAAAUCAUCCUCAACUCUGUGGAAGAAAAAAAAAAGAUGGAUUUUUCUCUUUUGUUCAGAACAAAGAAUGAUUGAAACAUAUAGGUUCAGUGGUUAUAUUAUCCCAUGUGAUGAUUAGAGGAACCUCAAAUGCAGACAAGUGGGAGAUUGGCGUAACAUGUAAUUUUAGAAUUAGUGUAUUAAAACUUCACAUGACUUACUGAAAAAUCACAACAACUUGCGCUUUUAUAUAUUUUACAAAAUAAAUAAUGUAGCUUUAAAAGUAUUUAAUCUGGGCAGUUUGUGAAAUACAGCUGUAUUUCAGUGCUCUCAGGUCUUAUGUGGAAGAUUAUCUAGGUCACUUUCUGCUAUGGCUACAAGCCAUUACAAUAGCAAACUGAGAUAAGAAACUGAAUCCAUUAUCUAAAUUGAAGUCUGUAUCACCCUUCUUUAAAUAUGACCUUAAGACACAUUUUCAAUUCCUAUGGGCUACAAUUAAUGAUUAUUUUCAUUAUUCAUUAUUCUAUCAAUUAUUUUCUUGAUUAACCACUUGGUCUACAGUGAAAAAUGGCCAUCACAGAGCCCAAGGUGAUAUCCUUAGAUUGUUGUCUGAUCAACAGUUUUUAAACCCAAAGUUAUGCAGUUAAAUAUCAUAGAAAACAUACAGACAAUAUUCAGAUUUGAGAAACAUUUGCUUAGCUUAGCAUAAAGACUGGAAACAGGGAGAGACUGUCAUGAUACAGUGGUAACAUUCCCAGUGUCUCCGUCUGUUUGCUCUUCUCACCAGUCUUCGCCGUCCGUCGUCCGUUUACCCAAGUGGUACUAUGCCUCGGCCUCUGACUAACCUCAUUGAUAGAAUUUCCUGCAUGUUUUCUGAACCCCUGACUAACUCUCUGACUCCCUGUGUUCAGGUGCAUUCCUGUUCACACCUGCCUCCAAGUUACUCACCGGCUCUCCAGAAAGAGCUCACCACGGAUCCUCCGCUGCUCCACCUCAGCCUGCUGUCCUCGUGCCGCCAGUCUGCUCUCACCAACCUCUUGCCAAGCCAGCUGUCCUCGUCCAGUCCACCUGCUCACAGCGAUUGCUUCCACACACACCUGGUUACUGUGUGUUUUACAAUAAACCAAAACUAACUACUUCAA